AUGACCACGGGUCGAGUGCACGGAGUCAGACGAGAGAAGGAGGAGAAGGAGGAGGCCCUGGAAGCUGAGAAUGCCGCCAAUGCCGAAAUAUUUGCAGAUUUGCCCCCUGGAGGUGAUCGAGCUGUUGGCUUUGGAAAGUAUGAGGCUUUGACCUACGAGGAACUCUUGAAAGCUGACCCCAGGUAUUGCUCUUGGGUGAAGGAGCAGUACAAAACGGAUCUUCAGGAAGGUGAAGAGAUGAGCAUGGAUUUUCGAGCUUUUGGAGAGUAUCUUCAAGGAGUUCAGCUUUCCUCUUUUGGAACGAGGACGCGUACGUUUUCUCGGAGGGGCAAUCCUUCCUACGCGUCGAGAGCACCGAGCGCCAACGGAUCUUUGGCAGAUGGGAAAUGGCUCAUCAACUUUGGUAGGCACAAAGGAAGCACCUUCGCUGAGGUGUACGCCAAACACCCUGACUACUGCGAGUUCAUGGUGAACGAAAUCUUGGCAAAUGAAGAUGGCCAGGUGAAUGCUCAGUCCUGCAGCUUUGCGGUCUACAUCCUCCAUGCGUCCAUGCAAAGCGUGCAGGCACAGAAGGCCGAGCCGCCGAAGUAG